AACACCAGCUUAUCAGAAGCAAUUGUAACCAAGAGCCUGGACGAGCCCAAAGGAGAAUCCAGAGAAGCUUCCUCUGCCAGCAAAUUGCCCACUGGAGCUACGGGUUGGUGCUUCUCCACCAAGAUGCUUCCCGAAAACACAAGGACCAGGCAGCUAAACGGCAGUUGUGCCAGCUUGGUGGACAUGGAGCUCUUCCUCCAUUAUUCCCUCAUCCCGUCGCUUGCCAUAAUUUUGGUCCUGUCUUUCCUCCAAAGACGAGAGCAGCAUAGACAGAGGGAUGAUACCUCUUACCUCCUGGGAAACCACUUUGGAAUCAUCGUGCCUCUGGACUUUGUGGGCACUUUUAGUAACCGAUGGUCCUAUGGAAUCGCCUUUGGGGCCACAGCCAAUAAGGUCAUGUUCCUGUUCUCAGAGGGCUACCAGCCCCUGCAGGUCCCCCAGUGGGCCCAAGCCUUUGUGCUUCUGAUUGGAGGCAUGGAAGUCGGCCUGGCCUACUUCCCCUUCUUUGCCUGCCUCUCAUCUGAGUUCCGGCUGGUUGGCUCCAUCCUUGGCUUCUGCUACUCUCUGAUCUGGCUUGUUGUCACUAUUCUUCAAGUCUCACAGUGUCCGCACGGGCAGUUUUUGGGGAGGUACGAGACCGUCAUGUUCUACUGGCCCUCACUGCUGUGCCUUGCUUUUCUGCUGGGCCGCUUCCUGCACAUGUUUGUCAAGGCUCUGAGGGUGCGCCUGGGCUGGGAGCGGCAGGCGGAAGAAAAGUCGGUUCUGGAAGCUCACCAGGCGGCGCACGUCAAGCGGCUCCUGAGAACGCCCCGCCCGCAAGAGGGAGAAACAACUUGGUUCCAAAGCAGGAUAUACGAGUGGGACCCAUGCUUUCAAUUCCCAAGCAGAAUGAUCGGAACGAUCGUGUUGGCCUUCAUCUGCCUGUACCUUUUCAUUGUCAUUGAGUUCUACAUGUUUAUGUUCGUGGGAGACGAGCUGGCCGUGUUUGAAGGCAAGCUGGAGAGCUACAUCGCCUUCGCGAACCAGACGGGGCCCCUGACCCCAGGCAUCCUGCAGGUGAAAGAGCUGAUCAGUGUCAUCAAAGGAGUCUGGGUGGUGACGAUUUUGCCUGCCUCCCUCACGUGUGUGAGCUACCUGUUCCACAUUUUGGCCUGUUACAGAAAGCACAUAAAGAAGCUGUGGGCAGGAGAUAAGCACUUCCUCCCUUUGAGGUUCCGCAAUCCCGCCUCGUCGGAGAGCGUGGUGGCCAUUGCAAGGUACUCUGGCUGGCAAAUAGCCUACCUUCUGUGGGGCUACUUCAUCAUCCACGUGGUGCAGAGCUUGUGUGGCAUGGCGAUCAUGUAUGGCCUGGUGCUGCCCGUCAUCCACAACCAGGCCCUGGAGAUGCUCCAAGGGCUGGGCAUCGGAAUCCUCACCACAUCCAUUGUCGUGGGUCUCAUGGUUCUGCAGGUGAGGAUUGCUGCUGGCUUCUUCCUGCAGCCCAAGCUGGGCUCAGCUGACAAGCAGAAGCCCUUGGCUCUCAACAACAGGAAAGCGUUCCACAAUUUCAACUACUUUCUGUUCUACUACAACGUGCUGCUGGGCCUGGGCGCCUGCCUCUCCAGGCUGCUUAUCAGCUGCGUCCUGGGCACAUGGCUCAUCGCGCGCAUCGACAGGACCAUCAUGCAGAGCGGCUACGAGGGAGCAGACAUGGGGUUCAGAGCGUGGAUCGGCAUGCUUUAUGUGGACCACUAUCACACCAACCCCGUGCUCGUCAGCUUUUGUCACAUCCUGAUCACAGACCACAGGGAGAGGCAGCUGCAGCAGGCCAUCAAAUACUGCUACAUAAACCAGUCAGCAGGUCCACGCGUCUCAGCUAGGUCCAGGACGAGGUGGCUCCUGCUGCAGACCCUGAUCAACAACCCCAGUCUUGUCAAGCUCAGAAAACCUAAAUCAGGGCACAGUUCCCGGCAGUUUACCCAGAUGCUGAUGACGUGCUCAGAGAGCUGACACUGGCCCCCAACCUCUGGUCCAAGACCAGGCUAGGAUGUCUACACCCCAGAGAGGACUCAGUCUAACCAGCACUGUCCCCUGCAAUGAGAUGCGAUGGUGCCGGCACUGUCCCCGCAGAUGGCAGACAGCAUUGUCCACUCAUGGGAUGGCCACCUGGGCUGAGGCAUGAAGUCUCAGGAUUAUUUCAUUCCCUUGGCAAAACAGAUCAAAAACUAAAGAAAUGUUUAUUGAACAAA